AUUUGUAGUUCGUUCAGCGGCGCCGGAGUCGGCCUCCCCAGAAGCCCGCGCGGCCCGGCUGGGCGUCGGUCGAUGACGUUGUUGGACGGCGAGCGAUUAGCCAAAGGGAAAUGUCCGCAGCUGAGGAACCGGCUGCCCCAGUCGCGGUGACACGGAGGAAGCCGGGCCUCAAGGGAACUGGGGCCAGCUGCUGUGGCGCAGUUUGAAACCCCGCUUCGGCCGGGGCCAUCGCGCACGGAGCCAGGCGCCCGGGGCAGCCGCAGCCGCAGCAGGGGGAGGAUGGAGGCGGGCAGAGUCUGGCGGAGGCCCCGGUGCUGAGAGAGCGGCUCAGCUCCAGUUAUGGUCCGCUUUCAUAAGUGAGCUGCAUUGGCUGGUUGGAGUGAAUAUAUAAUAAUGAGUGGUGCAGCUUUGGGCAUUGAGAUAAUAUUUGUCUUUUUUCUGGCUUUAUUCAUACUUCAUCGGUAUGGAGACUUCAAGAAACAACAUAGACUUGUGAUCAUAGCAACCCUGCUGGCUUGGUAUCUCUGCUUUCUUAUAGUAUUUAUAUUGCCUCUGGAUGUUAGUACGACUAUAUACAAUCGAUGCAAACUUGCUGUUAACUCCAGCCCUCCAGAAAGCAGCAGCAGCAGCAACAUCAUCAAUGGAUCUUACCCUACUUCUGCUCCAAGAAAACAUAAGUGUUUCAAACCAUGGAGUUAUAUUCCCAAUGGAAUUAUGCCAAUCUUCUGGCGUGUAGUAUACUGGACAUCACAGUUCUUAACCUGGAUACUCUUGCCUUUCAUGCAGUCCUAUGCUAGAUCAGGAGGGUUCUCCAUUACUGGAAAGAUUAAAACUGCAUUGAUUGAGAAUGCAAUCUAUUAUGGCACUUACUUGCUGAUUUUUGGAGCAUUUUUAAUAUAUGUGGCUGUAAAUCCAAAUUUCAAUCUACAAUGGAACCAGCUUCAGACAAUUGGGAUAGCAGCUGCCAACACAUGGGGUCUUUUCCUUCUUGUGUUGUUGCUGGGGUAUGGUUUGGUAGAAAUUCCACGCUCUCACUGGAAUGGAGCAAAAAAGGGAUACCUUCUCAUGAAGACUUAUUUCAAGGUUGCCAAACUGAUGACUGAAAAAGCAGAUGCAGAGGAGAACUUGGAAGAUAUUAUGGAGGAAGUUCGUAAAGUGAAUGAGGGUAUCAAGUAUAAUCACCCUUUGAGAAAAUGCGUUGAUACAAUAUUGAAAAAGUGUCCUACUGAAUAUCAGGAGAGAAUGGGUAGGAAUAUGGAUGACUAUGAAGAUUUUGAUGACAGGCAAAACAACUAUCCAAGUGAGAAAAGUCUGGUCAAACUUCACAAACAGGUAAUUUAUUCAGUUCAGAGACACCGUCGUACGCAGGUGCAGUGGCGAAUUCUUUUAGAACAAGCAUUCUACUUGGAGGAUGUAGCGAAAAAUGAAACCAGUGCAACUCAUCAGUUUGUUCAUACUUUUCAGUUCCAAGAACCUGAAAACAGAAUUAUCCGAUAUUUCUACACACCAACUGUUGAAUGGUACUGGGAAUGUCUCCUUCGGCCAUGGUUUUACAGAAUUCUUGCUAUUGUUUUGGCCACAUUCUCUGUAAUUGUUGUGUGGUCAGAGUGCACAUUUUUCAGCACUCAACCUGUUCUGUCCUUGUUUGCUGUCUUCAUACAACUGGCAGAAAGAACGUACAACUAUAUUUACAUAGAGAUGGCUUGCUUCCUUACCAUCUUCUUCUUAAGUAUCUGUGUUUACUCAACUGUCUUCAGGAUUCGUGUAUUUAAUUAUUAUUAUUUAGCUUCGCACCAUCAGACUGAUGCAUACAGUCUCCUUUUCAGUGGCAUGUUAUUCUGCCGUUUAACUCCACCAUUGUGUCUGAAUUUCUUGGGUUUGACUCACAUGGAUUCAUCCAUCUCUCACAAAAACACUCAGGCAACUGCAUAUACAUCAAUAAUGGGCUCCAUGAGAGUGUUGUCCUUCAUUGCAGAUGGGUUUUAUAUAUAUUAUCCCAUGUUGGUUGUCAUUCUCUGUAUUGCCACUUACUUCAGCUUAGGAACUCGUUGUUUGAAUCUGCUGGGGUUCCAGCAGUUCAUGGGAGACAAUGAAAUGACUUCUGACUUCAUUGAUGAAGGAAAGGAGUUAAUCAGAAGAGAGAAAAGAAAACGUCAAAGGCAGGAAGAAGGUGAAAAUAGAAGAAGGGAAUGGAAAGAACGAUAUGGAAACAUCCGAGAAGAUUCCACUAGAAAUAGAAAUGUUCACUCAGACCAAAAAGAAUCUAGUUUCUCAGAGACCAGCACAAGCAGACCUGUGUCUAAGUAUACCAGGUCAAAUGGCGGGACCGAAAGGGAUAGAAUAGAACUUCUCCAAGAUGCGGAACCUUUGGAUUUUAAUGCUGAUUCAGUUAAUGAUGAUCUUUUUGAUCAACCUCUUGACUCAGGAAGGUAUCAUCCUGGUGGAAGGUAUUUAUCAAUGUCACGAAGCCGAAUAUUUGAUGAUGUCUAAUCCCUUCAUAGCUUAUGAAAACUUAAUAGAAAUCAAAGUCUGCUACUCAUUAUUUGGAAAACACUGUUUGUAACAUUUCUGAACCAAAAAAGACAUUUUUCUGUUAAAAAAAAAAUUGUGGAAAAUAAAGGAACAAUAAUAGUUAGAAAUGCACCUUGUAUAGUAACUCACUUAUCACGGCUAGAGUAUACUUGUUUUAACAGGCAUUGUUACACAGUGUGGGGUGUUUUGUUGUUCUGGGGGCGGGCUAUAAAAUGAUUUUAAAAACCUAGUUUAGUUAGUUAAAGGUGAAUCUAGACUAAAUUUUAUACAUGCAAAUAGGGCUCAAAUUGAACUGUAACUUAAGGUUUGGGGAUGGAUUUUGUUGUUUUUGUUUUUUUAGUUUUGGAAGGAAUUGUUUUUUUUAAAGAUGCUCUGAGAAAUAUAAUAUAGUUUAGUCAUCCUAAGUGAAGUUAAAUGAAUUACUAUAUUACACACCGUUAUUAAACAUUUUGCUAUUUGAAGUUUGAGUCUGAACCGGAGUCCACUGAAGUGAAAAGUCUUCCAUUGAUUUCAGUGGCCUUUGGAUCAGGCCCUUUAUGAGCAGAAGGGAUCAAAUGGCAAUUCUGUAUAAACACGCUGGCAUAAAAUGUGGAAGGCUUACACAUCAGUCAUAGAACUGGGAAUUUUUUCUGUUUCAAUAUUAUAUGCAGAUAAACAGUAGCAUGUGUAAUUAAGAUUAAAUAUAAACAUAACUAUUUUUGCUAUCACUGUCAUUCAAGCAUUUGUGCAAUGACAGGAAUGCAUCCUCUAUGGUCUGGUGGCUGUUUAAGAAGACUUUUUACAGUAGUAGCAGUUGAAAAUCUUUGUGUAAGAGAAAUUUUAAUGUGAAAUAUAUCCGUUUUAAAUUUUAAAUGUUACAGUUUUUCACAAACUUCUAGCACAGUGUAAAACUCCUGGAGCUUUCCAUUUGAAAAAGUGAACUAUGUAGCAUGAAUCAUUAUUGGUAAAUGUUUUUGACAUCCCAACUGCACUGCCUUGCACAAGGUAUCUGUGAUAUUAAGGUGCCUAUAUUUUGCAAUAAGUAGGCUCUUCAUUGUAAAAGGAAGAAAUGCUUAUUUAUGCAAAUAAACGCCAUCAAAAAUGCCAAUGAAUAACAGUGGAAAAAAUGCUGUCAUGCAAAUGAUUUUGGGGGAAAUAUACUCAACUUCAAUUUUGCUUUGUUUGCAAUUUUCAGCCAAAGGUAGGUUUUAAGCUGACAUUUUUUAAUCACUGAGGAGUUUUCUCAUUGCAAAGUGAGGGUGAAAGCUGAAGCAUUAGAUCUCAGAACUAUUUUUUUCUUUUUCAUACUUGAAAGAUUGGCAACUCCUAAAGCAUCUAGAAAUGGGGUUACACUGAAAAAUAGGUUUUCAUGGAUGAGGUAUUCCAUUUAGUAAUAGUCUAUUUUCUAAAAUCUGUGCUAAUGUGAUUCUAUCUGCUUUAAUGAAUAAUAAUUCAAAAGUUCAGAAAAUAAUGCUACAGUAGUGUAUUCUCUGCUUAUUUACAAUGAUUUGAGUAACUAUUUUGAAGGAUAGUGAAAUUCUAGUCCACUUCUAUAGAACCCAUUACCUAAAUAAAUAGACAUAUAAUAACAGAUUAACUCUGAAUCCUUUCUUUAGAUACAUGUACUGUUCCUACUGAAAUCAGUGGGAACCUCAUUUGCAUCCAAACGCAUAAAUUAUCUCUUAAAAGUGGGCCUGGGAGAAUUUUUUUUCAAAAAGUGUUCGGGAGUUUGGGGAGUUCCUGCUCUUGUGUGUGUUUUUUAACUUUAGAAAUCCAGGUCUUGUGUGCCCUGGAAGACUGAUCAUUGAAGAACUAAUGACAGCACCAAAGACUAAAAGUUGAACAAUUAAGAGGAAAGAAAUGUUUAUUCAUACUAUUUAAAAGUUUGUCGGUCUUUAUGUUAACACCUAUUUAACUCCAAUAACAAACAUUUUGGAGAAAGAAUCUUUAUUAAAUUAUCUCUAGCCCUCUUCUUCAAUCAAAGUAUGAUUACUGAAAAUACACAGGCUCUUAGGCACAUUCUCCUCCUCCUUUAAGUCUUCCAGAAAAACCAUGUGAGACUAGAUUUGGCAUUCCAAUUUUUUUUUUUUUUUAAAAAUUGAUACCUAAAGACCUGAAAGCUUUUUUUAAACUUCACAAAGAAGCCCUUCCUACCCCUCCCCCACUCCCAAAAGCACAAGCUCUUCAUUAAUACGUUACAAGUCACACUGAAGGGGAUCUAUUCUUAGUUCCACUGCAGUUAAGGAGAGAGAGAAAUUCGAGGACUUCAGUAGCUCAGACAUAGGUUAGAGGUUUGUUACAGGAGUGGGUGGGUGAGAUUCUGUGGCCUGCGUUGUUCAGGAGGUCAGACUAGAUGAUCAUAAUGAUCCCUUCUGACCUUAAAGUCUAUGAUUCUGUGAUUCUGUAAUAAACUUCACAGAAGGAAUUCUGGAUACUCAUGAAGAGCCUGAUCCACUUGUCAUUGUGCAAGUAGAACGUAGCCCUAAUAAGAGCUGCUCUUGCUAUCAUUUAAGUCAAUGGAAGUUUUCUUUGAGUUCAGUGGGAGCAUGGUCAGACCCAUAUAAUAAGAAAAUGAACUAGACCCCAUGUCUGGAUUCCCAUUGAUAAUUUUCAAAGUGGAGCGUAAGGAUUUAGCCAGAUGACUCUAAUGGGACUCCAGUGACUAAAACACAAACCCCAACAUGGAAUUUUAACCCCCUAACUGUGGUGGGAAUUUCUUAGGUUUUGUGGUCUACUCCAGGUGAUGAUGCAAUGAACUGAUUGUCUAGGGAUUGUCCAUAAAGCACAGAAGUAGUUGUAUCACUGCUAGGAUGUGUUGUAUUAAAAUGUUGCUUUCAGCGUUUCCCUAGGUUUUGAUUUGUUAGCUCGAUGACCGGUUGGAUUUUUAAUAAACGUCUUUGUACUAAUUAAUUUACACUCUGAAAAAGAAUCCUUUAUGGUUUCCUGUGAAUGUAAACCUGGAAGAUUUAUCAGUGUUACCAUUUUGUGAGAGGACACAAUUGUGUAAGUACAUGCUGUUUACUGAUAUAGUAAUUUAUUUUACUUGGUAAAUCUCACAAAUAUGUACCUAUUAUGUUCCUGCACCACUAAUAUUCAAAAUUAGAAAGUCCAAAAAUAAUUGCAUUGUAAACUGUACCGUGAUUUGGGAGACUGAACAAUAACAUGUAUUUAUGCUGUCACUACAUAAACAUACUUAUAUGCAACUAAAGAGUAUGUAAAUAAUAUUUUCUUAUAAAUUGUCACUAUUAAAUUACAAGUAAUAUACUCUUCCUAUCUUGCAUCAUGUUUUUCACACGGUUUGAUUUAUAAUUGUGAAAUAUGCCAAAAAAGUAGCAAGUUAAACAGAAACUAUGUUUGGAUGCUGUCAUGUCAGUCAUAUACUAGAAAACCCAUGCAAAUUUUGAAUAAAUUUUUAAAAAAUCAGAAUGCACAACAUAACUGCACUAAUAACCCAGAACUGUUGUUUUUUGUUUUUGUUUUUUUUAAAGUAUGGGUAGAGAAACUGUUGCACCUAAUGAAACUUAAUGUCUUUGCUAGACUUGAAAAUCUGUAUUAUCAGGUGUUUAAAAAUGGGUGUAGAAAUAGCUACAUUCUGAAGUGAUUUCUGUGCACUUUAUAUUGGGUCUGGCUUGUAGCAUUCAAAUAUAGGCAAUCAUUUAGCAAUUUGGGGUGGAACUAUAGAACUUUGUUUUUACCGUAUAUUAAUACCAAUAUCUAAUGUUGGGGCUGGGGAGAUGUAACAUAUUAUCCCUGAGGUACAAUUUUAAAGUGCUAAGGAAAAAGUCCUUUUGGAACAAACCUUAUACUGCUGUAAUUCACACUACUAAAGAAUGCUUAAUGUCUUCUGCAUUUGUGUUUAAUCAAAUAGUCAUGUAAAUUUAAGUAGCUAUGAUUACAGUAUUAAGAGGACUGGGGAGAAGCUGCUAUUUUUUUCACUAUUUAUGUUCUUGCUAUUGCAAAACAAAGCUCUAACAAUUAUUUGUACAAUUGAAGGUGUAAUAAUUGUGGUUUUCUACUCCAAUUCAGUGUAAUUAUGGUAACUUGUACUUUUAUUAAAUUAAACUUGGAAUAUUGUAGCUGUUCCAUCAGAACAAGUGAAGGUUUCCUGUUCUUUUCUUUCACUAUCAUUGUUAAUUACUUGAGACCUAACGUGCACUUAAAAUAUUCGAAGCUUAUGAAAGAAGUUCUCAUUAAUUCAUUCAUUAUAAUCAAAUGAAUAUAUCGUAACUGUUAACAAAAAACGCUAGUUUUGAUGCUCUGUGUAUUCGGUGUCCUAACAUUUAAUUUCUCUAAAAUGCAAGAAAGUCAUUGCAAUUUUUACAAAAUAUCUUUUUGUAAAUAAUAACUUGUAACAUUUUGAUUGAGAUUUUUAAAUCCUCUUUCUCCAGUGUGCUGUGAGGGAUAUCUACUGCCUCAUAGCAGUACUAUGCCAAUACUAUUUGUGCCUCUAGCAGAUUAGUCUAGACUGAAGUUGAGAGACUCCUACAUUUCUUCAUUCCCUUAAUAUGGAUCAGCCAUUACCAACAAAGUUACACCUUAAACCAGACCCUCACUCUACUGUAUUAAUGAACUGUUGGUAUGAAUUAUGCUUCAUUACAUCCAGUAACUUUUGUUUCAGUCAUAAAGCAAGAUUAGCAAGUUUAUUCAUUGUAGCUGUGCUCCUCACCACGUUAAUGUGUCUAAGUAUUUAGAUUGUAACAUAUAAGCAAUGCCAGUUUUCAACUUUUGGUUAUUACUUCAUGACUGUGUCUUACUAGAUGACAUACUCAUAUGAAAUGUAGUAACUGGAGAAUGGUGUCUCAGAAUUUCUCUCUCAAAACUCUUAUUUGAAUACUUUCAUUCUUAUAGACCAGCUGUUCUCAAACUGUGGGUCAGAACCUCAAAGUGGGUUGUGACCCCCUUUUAAUGGGGUCGCCAGGGCUGGCAUUAGACUUGCUGGGCCCCAAGGCCAAAGCCUGAGCCCCACCUCUUGGGACCGAACCCCAAGGGCUUCAGCCCUGGGGGAUGGAGCUCAGGCUUUGGCUUCAGCCCUGGGCGGCAGGGCUCAAGUUAUAGGCGCCCCCCGUCCAGGGCUGAAGCUCUUGGGCUUCAGCUUUGGCCCCCUCACUUGGGGCAGUGGGGCUCAGGCUUUGCCUGGCUCUGGUGUGCUCAGGCUUCAGUCACCGUUCUCCUCAGGUCAUAUAGUAAUUUUUGUUGUCAGAAGCAGGUCACGGUGCAAUGAAGUUUAAGAACCCCUACUACAGACAUAAGUGGAAGGGCAGGGAAUUAAUUUAUUUCUGUUGGUACAACUUUAGUAAUUGCAGACUUUAUUCCAUUUUCAAAUGUGUACUGUAUUAAGAAUAGGCUGUAGGAGUGCUGCUUAUGGAUAGACUAGGUUUUUGCCUUACGAUACAAGUAUAAGUGUGCAUAAUUUCAUGCUGUGUUGUUUUGACCUCACUUAAUUGAAGUUGUUUUUGUGUAGUGUUCUAAAUUAUUGUACUGGAUAUAUUUUUUAAUUGUAUGUUUGAAUAUCUAGUGAAAUAAAAUUGUUUGCAUGAAAUAAAAUGCAUUUCUACAAUA